AAACAUUUAUGAGAUCUAAAAACCUACUCUUUACUAAAAGAUUUAUUGUCAAAGAGGGCAAAUUUUGCGACUUAUGGCAAGUGAGAGUUGUAAGAGGACACUUCUUAUUUUUAUGAUAGUAUUGAGUUUAAUGUCAUGUAGUAUCGAGGCGAAAACUCGAUAUUAUAAAUGGGAUGUAAAAUAUGAAUUUAAGUCUCCUGAUUGUUAUAGGAAAUUAGCUAUUACUAUCAAUGGUAUGUCCCCUGGACCAACUAUUACUGCCGAGCAAGGUGAUACUGUUGUGGUUGAAGUUACUAAUGGCUUGUUAACUGAGAAUCUUGCCAUCCAUUGGCAUGGUAUCCGACAGAUUGGAACACCGUGGUCUGAUGGAACUGAAGGUGUUAGUCAAUGUCCUGUUAUUCCAGGAGACACUUUUGUUUACAAGUUUGUUGUUGACAGGCCGGGCACAUACUUGUACCAUGCCCACUAUGGAAUGCAGAGAGAAGAAGGAUUGAAUGGCAUGAUUCAUGUAUCUCUUCCAGUUGGAGAAUCCGAGCCCUUCACUUACGACUUUGAUCGUAGUAUCAUGCUUACAGAUUGGUAUCAUAAGAGUGCCUUUGAACACGCUGUAGGAUUGGCUUCCAUACCAUUUGUCUGGGUUGGAGAACCUGAGUCACUUCUAAUACAAGGAAGAGGUCGGUUCAACUGCUCCUCGGACACUAUUCCUGCCUCUGAACCCGGUAUCUGUAACGCCACGAACCCUGAAUGCACCCCUUUUGUCUUGACUGUCAGCCCUGGGAAAACAUAUCGUUUGAGAAUUGGUAGUUUAACCUCUCUGUCUGCACUCAAUUUUGAGAUUGAGGGGCAUAACAUGACGGUAGUUGAAGCUGAUGGGCAUUACGUUGAGCCAUUCGAAGUACAAAACUUAUUCAUCUACUCAGGGGAGACAUAUUCUGUCUUAGUUAAGGCCAACCAAGAUCCUUCAAGGAACUAUUGGGCGACAAGUAAUGUUGUGGGACGAAGGCCUUCAACACCAACAGGCCUAGCAAUCUUCAAUUACUCUCCCAACCCACCGGAGCAAAGUCCACCCACAUUCCCCACCACAGGCCCCAUAUGGAACAAUACUGCACCAAGGGUAGCCCAAAGCUUAGCUAUUAAGGCGCGGGAGGGGUUCAUUGAAACCCCACCCGCGACCCCAGACCGUGUGAUUGUACUUCUCAACACUCAAAAUAGGAUCAACGGACACAUAAAAUGGGCCAUCAACAACGUUUCCUUCACCUUGCCAACCACCCCAUACUUGGUGACUCUCAAGGAGAAAAAGCUUAGAAACAAACUACACCGAGUGUUCGAUCAAAGACCGCCUCCUAAUGGCUAUGAUUGGCAAAACUACGACAUUAACAUCCCGCCACCAAAUGCGAAUGCCACCUCCAGCAACGGCCUCUACCGGCUUAAGUUUAACACCACAAUCGACAUAGUGUUGCAAAAUGCAAACAUGCUCAGCCCAAAUACCAGCGAUACUCACCCGUGGCAUUUGCAUGGGCAUGAUUUUUGGGUAUUAGGCUAUGGAACAGGCAAGUUUAACCCUUUCAAUGACCCAAAGAAGUACAAUUUGGUUAAUCCAAUACUGAAGAAUACAGUACCAUUACAUCCAUAUGGGUGGACUGCUAUACGAUUCCAGGCUAAUAAUCCGGGUGUUUGGUUGUUCCAUUGCCAUAUAGAUUCUCAUUUCUCGAUGGGUAUGGGGAUUGUUUUUGAAGAAGGAAUUGAAAGAGUUGGCAAAUUGCCUACUUCGAUCAUGGGUUGUGGACUCACCAAAAAUCUCAUCAAUCCAUAGUUUUUGUUAGCUAAUUUUACUUAAUUUGCUUGUAUACAUCAUCAUUUUUCCACAUUUUUUGUCCCUCUUUGACAUUUUUUUUAUGAUUUUUCUACUGAUCAAUGAUCACAUGUGUAAGUACAUAGAUACAUAGGACUGUAAGUUACUUGCGCUUUUUUUUUUUUUUUUUUGUGUAAAGAAAGCCCAUGAGGGUAACUAAAAUUAUUCAAAGCUAACAAAGAAUCAAUACAAGAAGGCUUAUUUGUUACUGUUUCUA